AUGGAGGACGAAGCAAUUGAAGGAAAUAUUCUGAAAGCAAGACCAUAUCAAAUGCAACUUGAGGAAAUUGCAAUAAAAAAAAAUACCAUAAUAUAUCUACCAACUGGUUCAGGAAAGACCUUUAUUGCAAUAGGCCUAAUUACCAGAUUUAGAAAGACUCUAAAUGGAGUAUGGGGCGAAGGUGCGAAGAGAACUUUUUUUCUUGUGAACACGGUACCAUUAGUGAAACAACAGCAAAAAACCAUUUCAGAAAAGGCGCCCGUAAAAGGCGUAGCCGGGUAUAGCGGUGAAGAUAAAGUAGACUUUUGGAACAAAGAAAAGUGGGAUAAUGAGCUAAGAAAGUAUCAGGUGAUUGUAAUGACUAGUCAAAUUCUCUGUGACAUGCUCACACACCAGUACAUACACAUAAGGGACAUAAAUCUUCUAAUUUUCGACGAAUGUCAUCAUGCCAUUGAUGAUCAUCCUAUGCGGAUGGUGAUGAAGCAUUUUGAGAACUGCGCAGAAGAAGAUCAACCAAGAGUGCUUGGAUUGACAGCAACACUUCUCAACGCCAAUGUGAAUCUGCCAAAAGUUGAGGACACAUUACGCAAAUUGGAAAUGACUUUUCACGCAACGAUUGCUACAGUAAACGAACUUGGAGAAGUAUUAACUUAUUCAACAAAUCCCCAUGAGUUGGUAGAGUUUUAUAAAUCUUAUAAGAAAACUAGCGCUGCUGAAGAGGCUACCACACUUCUUACGGAACUUCAGGAUCUUGUUAUUUCUGUUAAUUUGCCACAAGUAGCGACCGCGCACGAAAUAAAAUUGAAGAAAGGACAACAGGACAUAACGACUGACCCUAAAAAGAUUGUUAAACUUGUAAAGAACAUGAUAACGGCAAUAAUUGAAUUUAUAGAGGAAUUGGGGAUUUAUGGUGCCAACAUAAGCAUUCUUGCUUAUAUAAUUCUUUUAGAGCAGUUGAAGCGUAGAGCUCUCUCUCCAGAAGAAGAAUUGUUAUACAAAUUAACGAUUACACAUUUAGUUGAAGUAAGAAUGGUUUUAUUAAACUCCAUGAGACACGAAACUGGAUAUGAGAAAAUCGUCAAACACUCAUCGGACAAAGUCAAUCAGUUGCUGAAUAUAUUAACUGAAUACAAUCCUAAUGUCCUUCGAUCAAAUGCUCCAUUAAAAGUAAACCUAUCAAGAAAACCAUUAUCUGCAAUUAUUUUCACUAAAAAAAGAUUUACUGCAAAGGUCCUGUAUAACUUACUAAAAGACGUAAUUGAUGUAAAUCCUCAGACAUUUGGCUUUUUGAAGCACGAUUUUAUCGUAGGCUUUAAUAUAAAUCCAUAUAACAACACAAGAGAGCAAUAUUUUACAAAGAAACAAAGUCAGCAGGGGCUUUUAAAGUUUGCUAACAAAGAUCUCAACUGUCUUAUAUCAACAAGUGUUAUAGAAGAGGGCAUUGACAUCCCUCAAUGUCUUUUAGUGUUGCGGUUUGAUCCACCUUUAGAAUACAGAUCGUACAUACAAAGCAAAGGUCGCGCAAGGAAUGCGGAAUCUGCCUUUGUUAUAUUAAUAGAAGAGAAAAAUAAAGUAAAGUUUAUGAACCAAUAUAAGGUAUUCCAGAAAGUCGAAGAAUACAUACAAAAGAUGUUAAUAGGCAAGGCGGAUUUAAGAGAUGCGCCCACAGAAGAAGACAUUCAGAAAAACCUAUAUGAAGACGAAGAAAUACCACCCUAUGUUACGGAAUAUGGCAACCGCUUGUCAAGUAUAUCAGCUAUAAGUUUACUCAGCCGUUACUGCUCAAUAUUGCCACACGAUCAAUUCACCCUCAUUACGCCGAUGUGGAUUCAAGAAAAGGUAUUAAACCGAACCGGUGAAGUGGACCGAAAGAUUACCAUAUUAAUGCCUCUGAGUUGCCCGUUAAAGGACCCAAUUAUGGGCGAUCCAAUGUCAGAUUUGAAAACUGCUAAGCGUUCUGCAGCGCUGAAAGCUUGCAUAAAAUUGCAUCAAAUAGAAGAAUUAGAUCGGAUAACGCUGUUACCAAGGAAAUAUGGCAAAGUCGAUUUCGACCUACCUGAUGUUAAACAGUGUUUCCUUAAUUGGCCCUGGGAAAAGGAUGAAGAUGAAUCAGCAGAUGCACCACCAGUCGGUACUAAAAAAAGAGUACGGAAGCAUAUGAAAGUGUGUCCAGAAGCUUUAAAUGGUCCAAGUAAUUUAAAUUGGGACCAACACACAUUCUAUCUUCACAUCAUAGAGUUAAAAACAGCUUUCGAUGAACCAACGGACUCCCGCGAGCGCGCAUUAUAUAAUCUUCUUCAAAAAGGAGAGGGCUAUGGAUUCCUGACUGCACAACCUUUGCCCAAAAUAUGCGAUUUCCCAAUGUUUCUUUCAGUGGGCGAAGUGAUGACUUCAAUUAAACUUAAUUACGCUGUCAUUCCGUUAGAUUUGGAGUUGUUCGAGUGUGUUAAACGGUUCCACUUCUUUAUAUUCGAUCAAGUGCUUGAAGUGGCAAAAAAGUUCGUAGUUUUCGAUGGUACUAAAAACUGCCUAUAUGUGGUACCGGUCAAAAUUAGCGGUGGAUAUGACAUCGAUUGGGAUGUUAUGCUGGAUUACAAAGAGAUACCACCAGUUGCGGUACCGUCCGUAGAGACACGUAAAUCAAUAAAGGUGACAAAAGAUAGCUACCAAUAUUACGUCGUUUCUCCGUGGUAUCGCGCCACUAUUUUCCCAGACAGAUACAUUGUCUCAAAUGUGCUUGAACACAUGAGCCCGCAGUCUUGUUUCGGAUCUAACACAUUCGAGACCUUUGCGGACUAUUAUCUAAGUAAAUACAACUUGGAAAUUGUAGGCAGCAAAGACCAGCCGUUGCUUGAGGUACGAAACAUCAACACACGAAUGAACUGUAUAAUGCCAAGAUCCGCUACAAUCAGCGCUUUUACAGAGAAACAGCGGAAAUUAGUAUCCGCCGCACAAGGCGACGAUAAACCAAAGUUUUUCGCUGAAUUUUUUAUACCCGAAUAUUGCAUCAAAUACGAUUUCCCUGGGGUGUUGUGGUACAAGGCAAUUUUGCUGCCGACUAUUAUACACAGAGUUGUGAUGUUACUAACCGCAGAAGAGCUUCGCGUUGAAAUAGCUAAAGCUACUAAGUACGGACAGCUUGUAUUGGCCAAAGAUGAGAAAUGGCUGCCAAUAGAAGUGGAUCUGCAAGUUGCAAUGAAGUCACUAUUGUCUCAAGUUGAACAUCCUGAAGGUCAGAUAGGUGCUUUGAAAAACAACAUCGACAGGAUCAAUAAUCCAAUAGACGAAGCGGCACGCAAACCUUUGAAAAUAAUUACAAUGAAGGAUAGUGUCUAUCAGUUGCAAAAACAGAAGCUCAACAAGGAGUACCCUUGGGAGGAACAAAAGGAGCCGAUCGAUAUCGAGCGUAAUCUGUCAACGGUGACCGUUAUGGACAUAGAAUGCUACGACGAGUUCAUCACGGGACCCAUGUACUCUAGCCCUGACGAUGCAACAGUUCGGUCACCGCCUAGGAGCGUGCCAACUUCAGGCGCCCUUCUCCCGCCACCGAUCAAAUAUAAAGAAAAAAUUGGACUUCUCAAGAAGCAGCCCGUCGGCCGUGGUCCAGAAUUAAGGGAAAUUCUGACCGCCCUCACUACGAUCAAUUCGCACGAUACCUUUAAUUUGGAACGAGUGGAGACCUUAGGGGAUUCGUUCCUUAAGUUUGCCGCAAGCUUAUAUCUGUACCACAAGUUCCCUCAGUUGAACGAAGGCCAGCUUACGAACAUUAAAUCCCGCCUUAUUGGAAACAGGCAAGUUUUGAAUCUUUACUAUGCUGGUGAAAAAGCGCGAUUGGCCGGUCGCAUGAAGGUUGAGCAGUUUAGUCCAAAAACAGAUUUCGUCGUACCAGGUUUCUUUGCGCCAGAAGCAGUGAAGAAUUUUAUUGAAAAUGCUCAAAUCAGACCGUCAUUUCUGUUUGGGAUGCAAUUCUCGCAGGAAGAGGCUCUGAGCGGUAAGUUGUCAGCAGAAAGCUGUGCUCAGAUACAAAAGCGAUAUAAUGAUUACGACGGCGCUGCUGAGAAGGAACCAAAAUGGGGGGCGCAAAAUUCUAUGCAGUGUUACGUGCAAGCCCAGGCUGUGUCCGACAAGACGGUCGCCGACUGUGUGGAAGCCUUAAUAGGUACAUAUCUUUUAAACGGAGGCGUUUUGGGAGCUAUCAAAGUUCUGGAAUGGCUGAAGAUUAUACCGGCUGAGGAACGCUUAAAUACACUCCUCCACAAGCAAGUGCCCACGGCUUUUACACGCAAAAAGGCAAGCGUGUUCGACAUUGAUCACCUGCUAAACCACACACGAGAGGACGUGCAAGAAAUACUGAACUAUACGUUUAAAGAUCCGGCACUUCUGUUAGAGGCCCUGUCUCAUCCCUCGUAUAUACGGAAUCGUUACACACUAUCCUACGAACGUCUGGAGUUCAUAGGCGAUGCGGUACUAGAUUUUCUGAUAACGUCGUACUUAUUCGAGAACUGUCGGGAUCUGAAACCUGGUGACCUGACCGACUUGAGGUCAGCUCUUGUGAACAACGUUACUUUCGCAGCGUACGUUGUGAAAUUGGGACUGCACAAAUAUAUUUGCUCACAGCUGAAUCCAGCACUGGAUAGCGCUAUACUGGCUUUUGUUGAACAUCAACAACAAAGGGACCACGAGAUUGUUGAAGAUGUCCUAUAUCUUAUAGAAGAAGAGGAAUGCAAUGUUGCUGAAUACGUCGAAGUGCCUAAGACGCUGAGUGAUAUUUUCGAAUCGUUGGCGGGCGCUAUAUAUUUGGACAGUGGCGGGGAUUUGGAAGCUGUUUGGUCCGUCGUAUACAGGAUCAUGUACAAGGAGAUCAACAGUUUCUCAAACCGCAUACCGCUGCAGCCAGUGCGUGUGCUCAGUGAAAAUAUAUACGCUUGCCCCUCUUUCAAAAAGGCAAUAUUAACCGACUCUGACAUACCCAAAGUAAUGAUACCAGUUACUUUUACGAAGAAGGGUCGACAGCAUACGGUGUAUGGAGUGGGAAAUAAUAAAUUCCAAGCGAAGCGAGCCGCGGCCAAACUGGCAUUGAAGAUUUUGAGCUGUUAA